AUGAGACGUAGAGUCAGUGACGUGACACAGAUACGGAACAAGCGAACAAGCAGGACUUGCGUUUUUUCAACCAACAGCCAUGUGAAACCACGACUUUGCAUGGAAAGUUGUCAAGCGACUGCAAUUGCCGGCUCAAGUUCCUUGUCCUUUUUCCAGAAACCUCGGUGCUUUGAAGGUUUGACAGGUGUGGAAAUCGUGAUGUUGUCGCGUCAAGCAGGCGUUCUGACUACAAGGUUCCUUCAGAAUGGUUCUCGCGCCUGGCGCAGCUUUGCAACCAAGAAGUUUGCAGCACCUCCCAUGACGUACAUUUCCGGCGAGGAGAUGUCUUGGUACACCAUGAAGAUCAUUCGAGAGCAGUGGGUGGAACCGUUUAUUGACACUUCAAAGUGGGAAUACUUCGAUCUCAGCUGCAAGAGUCGUGAUGAGACGAAUGACAAGGUCCUGCACGAGGCUGUGGCCUCGGGCAAACGUCUGGGUGCCAUCUUCAAGGAGCCAACCAUCACUCCAACCACGGAACAGGUGAAGGAGUUUGGCCUCAAGAAGCCUUUUGGCUCUCCCAAUGGCGCCAUGAGAAGGGGCUGGAAUGGUAUUACAAUCUCUCGUGACACCAUCCACAUCCCAGGCAUUAAGCUUGGGUUUGAGCGCCCCGUCUUCUUUGAACGACAUGCAGUUGGCGGUGAGUACGGUGCAAGCUGGAAGGGAGUCGGCAAAGGAAAGGUGCUCACAACUUACUGGCCUGAAGAUGAGAAGGAAAAGCCUGUGAUCAUUGAUGGGCGUGUACUUCAUGAUGAUGAAUCCGCAGUUGUAGUGUAUGACAACCCUUUGGACAAUGUCGGAGACCUGGCGCACAUCUUCUUCCAGCGCUGCCUUGAGGCCAACAUUGUGCCAUAUGUGGUUACGAAAAAGACCGUUUUCAAGUGGCAGGAGGGCUUCUGGCAAAAGAUGAAGAAGGUUUUCGAUGCAGAGUACAAGGAGAAGUUUCUGAAGGCUGGGCUUCUUGACAAGUGUGGAGGCGAGCUGAUCCACCUGAUCAGUGAUGCCGCUACAAUGCAGAUCAUCCGCUGGACGGGUGGCGGCUUUGGAAUGGCAUGCCACAACUACGAUGGUGACAUGCUGACCGACGAGGUGGCGCAGGUGCACCGCAGCCCUGGCUUUAUCACCUCGAACUUGGUGGGCAAGAGCGAGGAUGGCUCCUUGAUCAAGGAAUUUGAAGCCUCCCAUGGAACUGUAGCCGAUCUGUGGCACAUGCACCUUCGUGGUGAGGAAACAUCCAUGAAUCCCUUGGGCAUGGUUGUGGCACUGUUGGGUGCAAUGGACCACGCUGCAGCCCUUCAUCCAGAAUCGCAAGCGGAAGUGACCAAGUUCACCCUCAGCUGCCGCGAAGCCGUCUACGAGGCUUUCCGCACCGGUAACGGCACCCGUGAUCUCAUGGGUCCCAACGGCCUCACCACCGAGAAGUUCGUGGAGUGGGUGGCAAAGAACCUGGAGGCCCGAAUGGCCAAGGAAGGACCUGCCGAGAUCUUUACAGGUGAGAAGGUUGAGGCAGCUCCAUCCAAGAAGCUUCGAAAGAGGUACCAGGCAGUCGACGAAGAUGCUAUGAAGGCAUUCUUUGACAAAUUUGACACUGAUGCCAACGGCACUAUCUCCUUCGACGAGUUUGUGGAUAUGACUUUGGACUUGGGCAUUGCACCUCUGAAGGCAGAGGAGCUGAAGAAAGACGAAGUCCGUGACCAAAUGCAUGCAGAAGCAGAAAGUCUUUGA